UAAAGAUCAAAUAGGAAAAGGUUCAUUUGGUAAUGUAUAUAAAGGGAAAAAUAUUUAAGCAAACGAAGUAGUAGCAAUAAAAGUAAUUAGUAAAAGUAUGUUGCGAGCCAACGAAUAAAUAUUGUAAAAAGCAUUAGAAAAUGAGAUAAGAUUAUAAAAAACAAUAAUUAGUUAGAAUGUAGUCAGAAUGCUAGAUGUAAUAAUGGGAAAGAACAAUUAUUAUUUAAUAAUGGAUUAUUGUAAUAGGGGAGAAUUAUCAGAAAUAAUAUAAAAAAGGCGAAUAAUUCCUGAAAUAGAAGCAAUAGAAAUUCUAUGUUAAAUUUUAAAAGGAAUAUAUUCUUUAUAUGUGAAAAAUAUUGUACAUAGAGAUUUAAAACCAGGUAAUAUUUUAAUUCAUUUAAAUAAUAAUAAUGAAAUAAUUUAUAAAAUUUGCGAUUUCGGAUUUGCAAGAAGUAUGGAAAAUUCGGACUGUAUUUGUAUUUAAUCAAAAGUAGGAACUGCACUUUAUAUGGACCCGAAUAUAAUGGCUAGUAAGGAUUAUAACUAUAAGUGUGAUAUUUGGUCUAUAGGAAUUAUUUUCUAUGAAAUGAUUUAUGGAAAAACACCAUGGGUAGCACGAAAUGAGAGUGAAUUGUUAAAGAAUAUUUAAUAAUAAGGACUUUAUUUUGAUUCUAGUAUAUAUUUAUCAGAAACUGCUAAGGAUUUAUUAAGGAGAAUGCUGAGAAAUAAUUUGGAUGAAAGAGUUAGUUAUAUGUAGAUAUUUAAUCAUCCUUUAUUGGUUUAUAAAAUGCAAGAGUUUUUAGUAAAUUAUAAUUCUUGUUUGAAUUCUUGUUAUUCGCCUUGCCCUUCUUUUAAUAAAAUUGAAAUAGAUAGUUUUUUGGAAGAUGAAAAGAGUGAAUAAGUAUAUUAAGUUGGGAGUAGUUAAUUAUUUUCAAAUGGAAAAUUUUAAUCUUUUAUAAUGGAAAAAUAAAACUAGAAUUAAAAUAUAAUUUUUUAAUAGGAAAAUUUAGAAUAGAAAGAAAUUGAUGAAGAACUUAUUGUAGAUAUUUUAUUUUAUUUAAUUGAAAACUCAAAGUUGGAUUUUAAGAAAUUUUAAGAAGUUUUUUAUGAUGGAGAAUAUGACUUAAUUGAAUUUAGGAAAAUUAUUUAAAGUUAUUUUCAUUAUUCGAAUAAAAAAUGUGAGUAUAUUUUCUAUGGAAUACUUGCUAUUCUUAAUGAAAUUUAAAAUAAUUGCCUACCUAUGGAUUUUUAGAAUAUUUAAAUGUAAAAAUUUGUUAUUAAAUAUGAAGAUAUUAUCUAUUUGUUUUUGAAGUUAGAUGAAACUUAUUAUGAUUUUCAUUUAUAAUAAAAAAUUAUUGAAAUAGAAGAAUUAGAAUAGUAAAAAUA